AGGGUAACCAACUGACGCUCCUGUCAAUCAAGACUCAUUCCAGCAGCAACUGUGUUCAGCACGAGACUCAUGCUCAGCAUCGAUUCUAAAACUCGGUGUCUUCCUCCAAAGCUAUAGGAAAUGGCUGACACAGACUGCAAUGGAGUGCAGAGAGAUACAGAGGAGGCAUAUGAGCUACAUUACACAGAUCUCAAUGUCAACAGCAGUGAGCUGGCACCAGAUCCUCAUACUCUCAAACUGGACCACUGUGACCUACUCUUAGAUGCCAUCGAUGCUCAGCUCGGUCAGCUGCAGGUCCAGCCCCAGAAAUGUCAGGUAGUUUCCAGGGGUUGUGAUUGUAAUGAUCCAGCUCCUCUCAUUUGGUGUCAAGCUUUGAGCAAAGACACUGGCCUUGGAAGUACAACUCAGACAAACAACACUCCCAUGUCUUGUCUUGAUUUAAUUCAUACCCCAACAGAGCAAACUUCAGAGAGCAGCACAUGCUGCCAGAGAGAUCCUGUUACCCCUGAGAAAGCUAAACAGAAGUUAGACACAAGAGACAAAGAAGAAAUAGAGUCUCAGAGGGAGCAGAUCAUCUGGAGACUCGAGAAGCUGCUCGGUAACAACUGCAAUAAUGGGGAGAUGGUAGGAGAAAGCCACCCUCCCUCAGAGAGCAUCUGCACGGAGGACUUUGUCACACGCUUCAGGGAUGAGAUGGUUGAGCUUGCAUUGCCAGAGAGUCAUAUGCAACAACAGGACACAGAAGAGGAGGCUGAGAGGACAGAUAUAUCAGACUGCGACACUUUUCAGAUUGAACGAAAGCAAAAAAUCAUUGGUACUGUUGACAGAGGAGAAACUUCAACAACUUGGAGACAUAAUGAAGACACAGAUACUGCACAGUAUUCUGAGUCGAAGAAGAUUUGUUCAAGACAGGGACUGGAGAAAUUUCUUUCUGACAGCUAUGCAAUAAAUAGAUCUUUGGACUGGGCAGGAGCUGGAUGGGGACACAGAACACCACAGAUACUGGGUGAAAGUAACACCAUCUCUUACAGAACUGAGGCUAAAAAAGAAACAGAGCAGCAGGAUAUCAUCCAUCCUCCUAAGGCCAGGUGCUUGGCAGGAAUACCCGUGUGGAAUUUUGACACAGUGUCCAUUGACAGUGACCUCGACUCUGUCAGCACAGAGCAUGUCAGGCAGCAUAUCCACAAGCAGCCAGGAUUGCGCUCUCUCAUUCAGUCUGUCAUAGGCAUGGAUGAUUUCAGUAGCAUUCAGAGUGGCUGUGACACACCAACACAGGAAGACAGUGAACCCCCACAUACAUCAGAGCAAAGUUCAUCGCGUGGAAAAAUACAAAUCAGAACUUCCCCUUUUCUAACAGCAGAGUGCAAUAAGAGAGAAACUCACAGAGUUGUGUGCUCCUUCGACGAAGACGACAAGGACACAAAUGAGGAAAUUAAUCCAAGCAGAAGGAGAUGCAGGCCUGUGAAGAUAUCAGAGAGGAUGCAGUCUGAUUGUGCACAGAUGAAAGAACGACUCUCUACUCUACAACAUAGAUGUGAGGAGGAGGAGGAGAAACUUAAGCUGAAGAAGACUCAGUUAAGAGAUGUUGAGCUCUCCCUCUCUGAUCUUCAACAAAGAAAAAAGCGUGUUUUUCAGGAGUUAGAGCAUUUGAUGGUAGAGACAGCAAAGAUGGAGAAGGAAAAGAGCCGGCUAGAGUUUGUUCUGGAAGACCGCAGAGCAGAGAAAGACUCUAUUAACGGCCGGCUGUAUGAGAUGCAGAGGCAGAAGAAGUCUUGUAUUGCUGAGCCCAGUGUGGUCAUGUCAGUGCUGGAGAGGGAGGAGCUGGACAGACAGCUGAAUAGUGCCAAGACAGAACUGUUUGCUGAACAGAGGCGUGCACGAGAGAAGCUGGAGUCCAUGCAAGAAAAGCUGGAGGACACUCAAGAAGAGCUCCAGAGAGCCACAGACGCAGAGAGUUUGCUGAGAGCCAGGUGUGCUUGUCUGGAGGAGAAACGGAAGCAGGAAAAGGAUCAGAUGGAGGUUGACCUCAGAGAAAGCAAGAUCAGAGUGAGCACUCAGGAGAAGAUGUUGGCUCAGAAGGGGCUGCAGUUUCUGGAUUUAAAGGAGCAGAGUGGGGUCUUAAAAGCAGAGAGGGAUAGACUGAAGGGGGAGCUACAACACCUACAAACACAGCACUGCAAUGCACUGAAAGAGGCACAGGAGAAAGUCCACAGAAUGACAGUAAAUAAGCAGAGUGAAGCAGAGAGGGCCAACACUUUGAAAGAACAAGCUGUCUCCCUCAAACGGCAUAUUGAGUCCUUACAAAGUACAAUUAAGCUAAAAGAUGAGGAGGUGAGGAAGAUGAGAGAUUCCCUGGAGCAGCAGAAGGAGGAGGUGAGGAAUUGUGAAGAGAAGCUGCGAGUGGAAGCACUGGGAAAGGUGCACAAGGCACUAGAGGAGGCUGGGAGGAAAUGGGAAGCAGAAAAAGUAGAAGCUGUGCAGGUUAACUGUGAGAUACUGGAGGAGCAGAACAGAAAAAGACUGGAGAACAUGAGGAGUGAAAUGCAGCGAGAGAAGAGUAAAACAGUGGCUCAUCAACAAAAAGUGCUGGAGCUAAAAACAAGAGUGCAAAAGUUGGAGAGUGAAAGCAGCACGCAGCAGAGAGAGCAGGAGUCUGUGCUUGCUGUCAUUUGUGAAUCUCUCAAAGAGGAGCACCGGGCUGAGCUUCAGAAGACGCAGAGACAGAUGGCAGAGGAGAGCCAGAAGGCAGCUCAGAAGCUGGAGCAGGCUGUGCAGCUGGCAGAGAAAGAGGCUGACAGGCUCCGGUUGAUGCUUAACGAAAGGGAGAGAAGCCAUCAUGAAAUCACAGCUGAGCUGGAUCAGCAGCUCAGGCACUAUGCCCAGGAGCUCAGAGCAGAGAGCCAACAUCUUCUCUUUUUAGUGGAGCAGAGCGGGGCCAAACAAAGUUCUGUGGAAAUAUACCCCAGCUCCACUGUAGCUGAGGCCCUUACGAAUCUGAAAGUGUUAAGAGAGCAAUUGAAGCACAUGAUUAGCCAUCUGCACCAGGAACUCGACACGAAGAAAGAAACCAUUGAGCAGCUGAGAAAAGCCAAGGAGCUAGAACUGAGCAUACAAAGGCAACAGCUGAGGAUGGAGAGGGACCAGGCCAUGGACUGUCUGAAAGAGCGUCUCAUUCAGGAGCACAUUGAGGAGUUAAGCAGUCUGAACGUGGCUCAUAUGUGUGAUGGAGGACCUGAGGGAGGAGGACUAACAGCAUCUCUACGCAAACAGCUGAAAGCUAAAGACCUGGAGCUCAGACAGGUUCAGAAGAGCAUGGCUCAGUGGAAGGAGCAGACUGCCGCUCGACUGGCCUGCAAGUUUGAAGAAGAGUUGACAUCUGAACUGGAGAGAUACAAGACAAAGUUAUUAAGGGCCAGAAAAUCAUCAAAGACUAGAGAGGAAACACGGAGAAAGCCUGAGAGGCCUGACAAAGAUGAGAUACCUUGUGCUAAGGAAGUUCGGCAUUCAAUUGGCGCUGCCUCCCACAGCACCUCAGAUUUAGCCUCACUGAAGCUCCUCAGUUACCUUCAGAGCAGAGUAAAGCAGCUUCGCGUAGAAAACCAGGCCUACACAUCGACGCCUCUGUCUUCAAAUACAAUCCCUUUAGAUUUAUCAGGAUCCUAUCUUGCAACAAUCACUCAAGAUAUUUCCAGGAUUCAGAGCCUAUCGUCAAUCAACACAGUCUCAAGUUAAGGACAUGGAAACUGAUUGUGCGUCUGUGUCUGUCACACACAUCCGUGAGACAGUGCCCUCUAAAUCUGAGUCUCAGCUGUUUUUUUUUUGUGACCACAGAAAUGAAUCAUUUACUGUGCUAAAGAUAACGGGUCACAGUGACAGAUGACACAGCUGAAGAUGUGUUCAUUGAGUUCACAUUCCUCUGAAUGAGUCAGUUUUUAUGGCUCAUAGUUACAGUGAGCUGAAUAGUGACAUUUUACUGAGUAUCAUGUGAGUUAUGUCACAGAGCCUCAUUAAUCACAGACUUCUAUGGGGAUUCCUUGUAUAAUCAUCAGUGUUACUACAUGUUCAAUUAUACAAUGUAAAAAGUGCCUUAGUUUUCUUUAAGAUACAUUUUAAUGAGCUUGUUAAAUUGAAUUUGAUUGAACUUUGAUGCCAGAUUUUUAAAAGGUGGUUUCUUUAUGAUCUGUAUCAAGUGUUUUCACUUCUAGGACUGAAUCCUCUAUAAAGGCACAGCAGGGUUUUAUUUAACCUAGAAUGAGAUCAGACAAAGUAAAUCAUUGUUUUUUUUUUUCAUAUCAUUCAUUGUUGGGUCAUUAGUUAAAAUAACUAUCUGGAUGUUUUCUAUAUAAAUGUAGGUGUACUAAA